GGAAAAUAUAAUAAAUAUUAUUUAAAGAAAUAGGAAGCUGCCUUAAGCAGUCAGACCACUCAGUAUAGCUCAGCAUUGCCUAAACUGACUGGCAGUGGCUCCAAAGGGUUUCAGGCAGGGGUCUCUUCCAGCCCUAGCUGGAUAUGCUGGGGAUUGAACCUGGGACCUUCUGCAGUCAAAGCAGAUGCUCUCCUUUUGAGUGAUGGACUCAAUGUCAUAAUGCAGUGUUUUAGACACACUACGUCAAAAAAAAAAAGUCCCCUCCAAACACUCACCAAUUGCAUCCCACUAAGUUCGUCUACCAAUGUCAUGUUUCCAGACAUAAUCUUCUUCAGGGAAUCAUUGAACUCACUCAGCUGCUCAAGGGUUUCUUUCUUGGUCUCUUCAUACUCAUCUGCAUCCAGAUCAUCUCUGAAUAAGAGCAAGCACUGCGACUCAGCCAACAGGUUAACCACAGUAGGGCUCUACAUAGGAACAUAGGAAGGUGCCUUGUACCGAGUCAGACCAUUAGUCAAUCUAUUAUAUUCCAACAGCCAUCCCGCUUGUUAAUAGUGGGCUGCUUUCCCCAUCUCACAAAAUUAAUGAUGCCAGUAUUUUACUAUGCCACCCUGAAACAGUGUGGAGCUGCUCCUAGUCGGUGUAGGCAGUACUGAGCUACGUUAUCUGAGUAUCAGUUGCCACAGAACAGUAACAGGAGACAGCGAAUGCCCUCAUGUCCUGCUUGUGGGCUUCCCAAAAGGCAUCAGAUUGGACACCAAGGGAAACAGGAUACUGGACUAGAAAAGUCUUUGGUCUGAUCCAGCAGGGCUCUUCUUACAUUCUUAACAACAGCAACACAACAUACUGGCAUGUCACAUGAAGCACUGCCCUUGGAAGAUCCUUAAAGGAUGUUUGAAAAGGACAAAAUCCAAAUGAGUGCAUGCAUCACCCAGUAGUGUCUGGUGCCCAUUGGUACUGGAAGGCCAGAAGGCAGGGAGCCUAACAGUAGGUGGAACCAAGGUGAACUAAUUCUAGCUUUGUCCACAUUCUCCUCCGUCCUAAGUUCUACAAUGGCAAUACUGAGAUCAUGAAGGAUGAAGCUGGCAGGCAAUCCCGCCACCCACCCCCCGGACUAGUACUAUGUAAGAAGUCAAGGUAGGGUCUGACUAAGAGCAGGCUGACAUUAGUGGGACUGUGCCCCAUUAGCCCUGAUAGGCCAGCCUCCAAUGACAUCAUCCCGUCCAUCUACAAACAGCUAAAGACUGAAUGGAGAAAAAGAUGCCUGCCCUGCCCUACAUGGCGUUAACACAAAGAUUUUGUGACAGAUUAAUCAAUUUCAGUAUGGAAUUUAUUACCUACACUCCUCCAGAUCUUGCAAUUGCUGCAUUAGUCUAUCCAGUUGCUCUUCCAAGUUCUGUUUCAACUUACUGGUCUCAAUUGCUCCCCUUGAAGCCAUUUCAAAUUUUGUGCAUUACAGACCACCUGAAAGAGACAAGAAACGUACAUGUAGUGUGUGUUAUUUAAACUGCCAAUAUCAUAACGGUGUAAUACAAAUUGACGGUGCAACUGCAUUUGGAAUAUUGUAUGCAGUUCUGGUCACAAAGGAUAUUGUAGAGCUGGAGAAGGUUCAGAAAAGGGCAACAGAAAUGAUCAAGAGGAUGGAUUGACUCCACCCCCUAAAGAAAGAUUGCAGCAUUUGGGACUUUUUAGUUUAGAGAAAAGGCAAACAAGAGGUGAAAUGAUAUAAGUCAUGAUAUAAGAUAUAUUAUUCAUGGAAUGGAGAAAGUGCACAGUAAAACAUUUUUCUCCCGCUUUCAUAACACUAGAACUCAUGGGCUUCCAAUGAAUCUGAAUGUUGGAGGAUUCAGGAUAGAUAAAAGAAAGUACUUCUUCACACAGCACAUAGUUAAACUGUAGAACCCACUUCCACAGGAGGCAGUGAUAGCCACCAACCUGGAUGGCUUUAAAAGAGGAUUACACAUAUUCAUAGAGGGCAAGGCUAUCAAUAGCCACUAGUCACAAUGGCUAUAUUCUACCUCCACUAUCAGAGGUGUCAUGCCUUUGAAUAUCAAUUGCUGGGAAUCACAAGUGGGCAGAGUGCUAUUGGGCUUAUGUCCAGCUUGAAGGCUUUCAACAGACAUCUAUCUGAUUGGACACUGUGAAAACAGGCUGCUGGACUAGAUGAGCCAUUGAAUGAUCCAGCAGGCUUCUCUUAUGUUCUUAAAAGGAAAUAGCAGGCUAGUUAUACAGCGAAAGUGGCAUAAAAGAACUUUGCUCUAGUACAAAGGUAAAUGUUAUCUUCUUUAUUUAAACAUGCCCAUCCUGUUCGAGAGGCUCAAAGAAGAUAAUAUUGUAUUGGGGGAUUAUUGUAGCAUGAUUAACUCACCCUAGGAAGCAAAAUUAAUAAAAAAAAUUACCAGGAUGUUUGGUUUACUAGUUUCUAGUGCAAAAAUAUUUCACACCAAGGACCAAUAUGUUCAGGGAUGCCAUGUUUUUCCCCAGUUUAUAAAAUGUGUUUUAAAAUUAUAAAUAGAUUUUCUUCUAAUCAAAUAGGGGAGGGGACACUCAGCUAACUCUAGAAAACAGCCAGUUUGGCUCUGGAAGUCAGGGUAGAGUAGUGGUUAGAUGGCUGGCCCUUGGAGACCAGGGUUCAAAUCCCCAUUUGGCCACACAAACCCUAUCUGCUUUUUAAUGAAACAUUAGUCACAAAUCAGUGUACAAUAACAAAAACGGCAAAUCCAAAUGAUAUUUAAAAAACAUUAAACACAAGCAUACUUCAUAUAAGCAAAAAAAAAAAAAAAAAGCAAAAACCAACUCCAGUCAGACAGCUCAGCAUGCUAUCAACAAUGUAGAAUGUAAUCUCUGUAGUCUAAUUUACAUGAGCUGCUGAAAGCUACAGAGAAAAAAUAAAAAUAAAAGCCUUUGAGGCCCACCUAAAAACAUCAGUUCCUCUAUCAAUUCCCUGAUCCGCAAUUAAUUUGAGGAGGAAAAUGUUAGGAGGGGCCCAGCGACAAUAAACUGGGAGCCAGUCCCACUAACACUAAAUACCAUUUCUGACACGCCCCCCUCUCUUUUGUAGCUGGGGAUGAAGCCUCACCAAGGAAAAUUUGCGGCAAGCACACACACGCCGGACCUCUCCAGGGUGCUAAACCUUACCCCUAAAUGAGGAGUGGGAAGCCUCUGGCCCCCAGGAUGCUCACCAGCCGCACCCCCCCCCACUGACAUCGUACCCUCCUUGAGCCUUUUUGCAUGGCCGGAUUAUUCCCCUCCCUCCUCCAGUAAUCCCCCUUGCUUACCCGAAUGGAGAAAGGUGUGUGCACAAACUACCAGCCUACUGUACAAAGGCGAAAUUUACACUUCUUGCCCCGCCCACAGCUGGCAUGUUCCAAUCCCCCACCCCAGAAGGGAAUGGGCUGAAAAUGGCUCCCCGCCCCAGCCCAAACCAUUCAAAGCCCCCUCCCAGAUCCGCAGGCGGACUCCCUUCCUUAUAUACACCCACCCAGCCCACCAUCCCUAUUAUCCUUCUUCCACUAUUGGCUUCUCUUUUUACAUACCCCAGUUUAUCCCCGCAUGCCCCUUACCCCCAGAUAAUCCACACUCCUUCAGCCUUCUAGAAAACCGACAUUCCCAACUCCCCCAAUCACAUCCUUUCUUCAGGCAACGGGGUCCUCUAUUUCAAAAGCCAAACCCUUCCCACUUCCGGUUUCAAGAGUGUGUGCCGGGGGACCGUUCCUAGGGACGGACACGGCACCGCUUUCGGCGCCCGCGACCAAUAAGAAGCUUCCCCGUAGGUACUCGUGCAAUACUAUUCCCCCGCAGGCGGCCAAACCCGCACAGUUCGGUUCCGUCCCUAAAGCGUUGUUGGCCGGAAUCUGUCGGGGAAGAGGCGCCCUCCAAACUGGUAAGAGCCCAUUUAGGGGACCUUAUGGGCUCGUGAUAUGAGGAAUGGGUGUUGUUUUGGAUUAGUGCAGGGGUUUUUAAUGGCGACUGAUGAACCGGUGAGGGGACGGAGCUGUAGUGAAGUCAGGGGACCCUUGGAUGACCCCGGAGGCAAAAAGUAGUGCGGUGGUGAUAUAAGUUGAUAUUGUUCAUAUUUAGCGAGAUUGUCAGUGAUGGCGAAUGCCAAUUUUAACCUGCAUUCACGGGGGGUGUAUCCAGUCGAGAUAUACACGUGCAUGCAGCUGUAAAAGUGUGGUACCUUUUUUCAGAAAGGGCUAAAAUUAAGAAUGGGCAACUGAGGAUUCAUUUCUUAAAAUUAUGUGUGUGAUCUUCAGCCAUAGCACCCAGGACAGCUCAUGGAAUAAAACCAUAAAUUAUAAAUACAAGGGCAAAGGGCUGGAGAUAUGAAGAGGGAUUUCACCUGGUGCUAAAAAGAUGUUUAUCAUGGUAAAGAGGGGAAUGAGAGGAGAAAUAAUCGCCAUCCUCAAAUAUCUGAACGGCUGUCACAUGGAGGAUGGAGCAAGCUUGUUUUCUCCUGCUCCAAAGAGUAGGACUUGAACCAAUGGCUUCAAGUUACAAGAAAGAGGAUUCUAACUAACCAUCUGGAAGAACUUGGCAAGAGCUGGUUGACCCUGGCCAUGAGAAGUGGUGGACUCUCCUUUCUUGGAAGCUUUUAAACAGAGGUUGAAUGGCCAUUUGUCAUGUAUAAUCUAGCUGAAAUUCCUGCACUGAAGAGGGUUGAUGACCCUCGAGGUUCCUUCCAACUCUGUAGUUCUAUGAUUCUAUGCUGUUACCUGGUAGCCCUUCCAAAUGUAGGAACAUAGCAAGCUGCCUUAUAUUGGGUCAGGCUAUUGGCCCAUCUAGCUUGGUAUUGUCUGCACUCACUUGGCAGUAGCACUCCAGGGUUUGGGGCUGGAGUAUCUCCCAGCCCUAGCUGGGAAUUGACUCUAGGUCCUUCUUCAUGCAAAGCAGACACUCUACCACAGAGCUAUAGCACUUCCCUACAAUCAAGACUAUGGUGAAAUUUAGGUAAUGAGGGGGUGUUGUGGAUGGGAGGUGAGAGAUGUCUUCAUGUUGUAAGACAUAGAUAGAGGAAGUAUGUGCUUUAAGAUUUUGUAUGAACGUUUAAAAUAAAAAUAGUGCAUCCAAUCUGCUACUCCUGUAUGUGGCUCAGCAGGCUGCAGGAAGUCACUCUAAGGUGCAGAGGAGAGCACAAAAGUACUUUAGUGCCAGCCAGCUUGAAACUGCCUUGUGGUACAUUUGGCAGAAAAUCCAUUACAGUGGAAAUAGUGUAUAUGUGGGGUCAUUCUGUUGAUCUGCAGCCCACUUCUUCAUGAAGCCCCAUGAGGCUGCAUUUUCUCUGCAGGUGAAUAAUUGGUAUCAACUUCUCUGAAAGGCUGAGUGUAGGAGAGGUGCUUUUUUGGUUUUUUUAAAGCCAGCCACAUUCUUAUACCUUUUACAGCAGUGUGACAUGUAGACAUUUAGCAGGUGAAAGCUCUUCCUGGCAAAAAUUGAUAACCAAGUAAGUCCCACUCAGAGUAGAUCCACUGAAAUUAGUGGAACUACAUUACUCACAUUUUUAACUUAAAUGGCUCUACUCUGUGUACAGUCUACUCUGAGUAAGACUCUUUUUUUUUUUAGUAUUACCAUUAGUAUUAUAGUAGUUAUAUCCCAUCCUUUCUCCAAGGAAUUCAAAGUGGUGUACAUACUUCCUCCCCUUAAUUUAAGCCCCACAACAACUUUGUGAGGUGGGUUAGCGCUGAGAGGCAGUGACUGGCCCAAAGUCAUCCAGGGAACUUAAUGGCUGAGUGGGGAUUUGAACCCUGGUCUCCCUGGUCUCCAUCACUCUAACCACUACACCACACGGUUUGCCAAACUUUCCUGUAUUCAUAUCCCACCUUUCCUCCAAGGAACUCAGUGGUGGCAUACACAGUUCUCUCCCCCUUAACCAUUUUUUCCCUCGCAACACUCCUUUGAGGUAGGUUAGGCUGAGAGACUGUGACUGACCAAAGGCUUCAUGGCUGAGUGGGAAUUUGAACCCAGGUCCUCAUCUGACAUUCUAACCACUGCACCACACUGGCUGUGGACUUGCAUUGGAUACAAUGCACAGAGAAAAUCUGUAUGUUUGGGUUGCUGUUGGGGUAUGGUGCAUGGGAGUAUGUGUCAGCUACAUGGCCAAUCCUGCCCCUACUGAUGGAAGUUGUAGUUCAGCAACUUCUAGAAAAUCAUACAGGCUAGCCACCCCUAACAUACAGGAUCAAGGUGUGUGAUUAUAAAGGAACCCAAAGUCAGAAACAGCGAGAUGUUUUGCUUCUAUUUUGUCUAAGAGUCACUGGGCUGAGAUGAAUAGUUUAAGUGAAAUCUUAAUUUCCACCUUUUUAAGGCCCCUUGUGCUUAAUGAAGGUGAUUUCUGUAUAAGCAUGCUCAGGAUUUAUUUAAUUCCAUUUAUUAAUCACUUCCAAUAAAAUAUUUCAAAGCCAUUUCACAGUAAAAAGAUUGCACUGCAUGUUCUCUGGAAUAAUCAAAAGUCUUGGCCAGGAACUCUGACAUGAUCUAACUCUGAAUUGUUUAAUACUACUAGAUCAGAAUUGUAACUUUGCUUAAAUUCAUCCAUUCCUGAAGACAAAAUAGUUUUGAAAUUUUUUUAAGGGUUCCUAAAUACUUUCAAAUUCAUUGUGAAACAAAUGUGAGGUUUGAUAAUACCAGGGAGAUAGAGUUCUACAGGAGUUAGCUCCUCAUUCAUUGCUGAUCACUAGAUUGGCUGCUUUUUAAAAAGCAGAGUAAGAUCUACUUCCAAUCCAAACUUACUACAUAUUACUAAUUUCAAUACCACCUUCUUACUUUAUAUGUAACUCUGGUUUCCUCUUCACAACAGCUCAACCCUGCUGUACUGUAUAAAGGUAACAAUCCCAUCCAUUGCUCCAUCCACUUUUUUGCCAGUGCCUGUACACAUAUUUUGCCCCAGACCAUGUCCUUCAGUGGCACAUGGCCCCCAAAGCUUCCCCAGGGGAGAAUGUGGCUCUUUCCUUGGAAAAGUUUGACCACUGCUGCAGUAGGUGGAGAAACCCAGCCCCUGAUGUGUGGGGUAAUAAUAAAUAAUAAUAAUAAUAAUAAUAAUUAAUAAUAAGGUGGUGCCAGCUUUGUACUGUGGAGUCUGCUCACAUUAUGAAGAGAUCCGCUUAGAAGCCAUUUUGGCAUAUAAUUUAAUAAUCCAUUUGUGCAGCAAGCUAAACUCCACACACACAAGCACACACCCUAAAGCCAGGCCAUUAUCUGGAGAGUUAGAGCCUCCCUUCCCAGGAAUAUACAAUCUGACUAUUUUAACAAACUGGAAUUUUCAGAUCGCCUCUACACAGCUGCCUGUCCCUUCAGCCUGGCGGGGGGAAAAAGCUACCUGAAAUCUUUCUGCUGGAGAAGAAAGCACCCUCCUAAAAAUGUCCCCUUAAAGAUAAAAGCGGCUGACUUGAGAACAGGCUACUCCCCUCACUUUGAAACUGGAGCUCUGGAGCAUCGCCUUCUUCUGUCUCUUGUUCCAUACCCGUUCCCAUAGCAACCCUCUCCCAGUUAAUCUGCUGCGAGGAGCUUCUACAUUAAGUCAGGAGUACACAUACAAAAGGAGGAAAAGGCUUUGAGGGCUUACUGUUUUGCUCCCUUCCUACAAAAAAAGUAUCUGUGGAUUUUAAAAAAAUAUUAUUCUUUUUUUUUAAAUAGUAGAAUUUUCUACAAAAAUAUUUUGAAGGCCAACAGCCUCCCAGAGCUAUCUUUUAAAAAGAAUCCCGAAAGCCACAACUCCCCCACCUACUGCACCUCAAAAGGCCGCUUAAUGAAUAGUUAAUAUCUUUGGCUAUGAAUAUCCCCAGAUCUGAAGGUCUUCCCACUGUGUCUGCUGCAGAGAUCAGUCCGUUUCGAAAAGAGGGAAAUAACUGAAGGCAGUUUAGCAGGGCGCUCAUCGUGGUAGGGGCAGACGAAUCCAGCCCCUGGCAGAUUACAGGUCAGAUGUGCCACAGGCAGCCACACUCAGAGACUGGCUCGUAACAGAUCCCCGUCUUAGUCUCUUUGUUUAGUAUCAAGCCAGGAAAAACCACGUUCGCAAGCCAAAAUAGUCCCAGGACAGAGAAAAAUGCUAUAAAGGGGGGUGGGGGAGGAUGCCAUUAGAAGAAAAGAUAGCACACUUUUGAAUUUGCUGUGCAAGUGCAAAAUAUCAGGAAAGACCGAAAACAUUUCAGCUUUCUUUUCAUUUGUUAAAGCUACUAGUCCUCAUGAUAGUGAAAAAACAACCGUGUGUGUGUGCGCAUGUGAAAAGUCAAUCUUUUGUGUGCAUGCAUAAGGGUAAAUGCAACUUCCUUUUUCUCUUUUACCUAAAUAUUUGCUAAAACACCCAAAACGGAACACAUCAGCGUCUAAGCUUUUGGAUAGACUUGUUUAAAUAAGCAUGUUUUGAGCAGGCACUGAAAAGAGUACAGUGAAGGUGCCCGCCUGGUGUCAAUAGGCAAGGAGUUCCAAAGUAUAGGUGCCCCCACACUAAAAAAAAUAUGAUUUUUUUACAACUAUGAAACAAGUAUUAUGUGGUACCUGCAGCAGUGACAGUACCGCAGACUGAAGCAGUCAGGUCAGUGCAUAUGGGGUAAGAUGCUUCUGCAAGUAAACUGGCCCCAAGCUGUUAAGGGCUUCAUAUGCCAAUACAGUGGUACCUCGGGUUACAUACGCUUCAGGUUACAGACUCCGCUAGCCCAGAAAUAGUGCUUCAGGUUAAGAACUUUGCUUCAGGAUGAGAACAGAAAUUGUGCUCCGGCGGUGCGGCAGCAGCAGGAGGCCCCAUUAGCUAAAGUGGUGCUUCAGGUUAAGAACAGUUUCAGGUUAAGAACGGACCUCCAGAACAAAUUAAGUACUUAAGCCGAGGUACCACUGUAGUAACACCUUGAAUGUGGCCCAGUAACAAACAGACCACCAUUGCAGAUCUCUUAAAUCUCUGCUUUGUGCCUGCUGCAGUCUGAAUAGUUUCGACCCACAAAGUGGAUGCUAUUCAUGUUUAAACCAAAAACCUGCCAUGUAAAAUGAAAAAUAUGCAUUUAAUGUCACAGCCUAAUUUGACCUUAGCAUGUGGCCCUCCAGAUAUUAUAGGACUCCAGCUUCCACCAUCCCUGACUAUUGGCCAUGCUGAUGAGAGUUGUCACCCAAAAUAUCUGGAGGGCACUGAGUUGAAGAGGAAGGCUGUUUUAGCGCAAAGAGGAAGCAUGAUACCUACCGGUUGAUACUAGACUGCUCACCGAGAGAGCCACUGAUAAGUAAUAAAGCUCAGGGGUGGUUUUGGCCUAUGGAAGACACAACAGUCCAUUUGUUAGAAAAGGAGCUUAAACAAAUUUUUUUUAAUGAUAAGGUCCCGUCUUCAGACUUGCAAUCUAGUGAGAUCCCAUAAGGGUCAGAAUAACAACCCCAUGCAUUGGGAGCGGGUCCCACUGUCUUCAAGACAGCCUACUCCCAAGUCAGAUUGCAGAUCAAGUAAUAAAUAUAUGGAAAUACAGUCAAACCUUGGUGGUCAAAUGUAAUCCACUCUGGAAGACGGCAAAGUCAAUGGAGAAAAAAGAGAGAGAAAACUCCCCAGAAGCCAUUUGGCUUCCGAAAAUCAUUCGAAAACCAGAGCAGUUACUUCUAGGUUUUUGGCAUUCGGGAGCCGAAACGUACAAUAACAGAGGCGUUUGGGAACUGUGGUUUGACUGUACUAAAGAGUUAUUAAGUUACAGCCUUUCCCUUAUGACGUAGGAAGCUUUCUUAUUCUGAGUCAGACCAUUGGUCCAUCCAGCUCAACAUGUCCACUCUGACUGGCAGCAGCUUUCUGGGGUUUUCAGACGGAACAUUCCCAGCCCUGCCUGGAGAUGUUGGGAAUUGAUCCCUGAGCCUUCUGCAUGCAAACAAGUGCCCUACCACUGAGUGAUGAUAUAAGCAGCUCUUGAGCUCCAAAAACUCUGUGAGCAACUCAAGAGCUGCUUAUAUGAGGGAACAAAGCUUGGAAUUCCUCCAGUCCAGAAUUCCAUUUUAAAACAACUUGUGUAGGACCUCUGGUUAGGGCCACCCAAAAGCCUCCCCUUAUUCCGCUAGCUUGAGGGGUGGGGGUAAGCUUUUGUUUUUAGGCAUGCCUAAAUAUAACAGAAUCAGCAAUUACUCACGCAUUGUGUGGCUAAGGCAGUAAAUACGAUGGUGCAAACUCCUUUUGCAAAAGAGGCGCCCCCAAAGAUGAAGAAAGUAGUCUUCAGCUCCCAUGGAACUGGUUCCAGCAUGACCAGAAGCAAAGCCAGCCCUGAAAAGAUGGGAGGGGGAGCAUUAAGAGUGCUAAAAAUGCACUUGCACAGAGACAGGCAGGAUGCAGGGCUGUUGACAGGUCAUGUAGCAUAUUAGGAAGCUGCCUUAGCUGGAGGCAGGCCACUAGCCCAUCUAGGUCAGUAUUGUCUACACUGACUGGCAGCCGCUCUCCAGGGUUUCAGGCUGGGUUAUCUCCCAUCCCUCCUGACGAUGUCAAGGAUCAAAUCUGGGACUGUCUGCAUGCAAAGCAGAUGAUCUGCCACAGAGCUAUGGUCAUUCCCCUAAACACAAAAUAAAAUCCUAGUCCUCAUGGUUCUGAAUAAAAGGCUGAUUUAAACACAGAAAGCUGCGGAGUCAGGCCACUAGUCCAUGUAGCUCAGUAUUGCCUACAAUGACUGGCAGUAGCUCUCCAGGGUUUUAGACAGGGGACACCCCCAGCCCAACCUAGAAAUGCUGGGGAUUGAACCUGGGACUUUCUGCAUGCAGAGUUCAGCAGCUGGCUUAUGUUUGAGGUUUCAAGAAAUUGUAGGAUAUUUCAACUACGCAUACACAUCACAGAAAUACAAAACCUCCAAGUUCCAGCUGCCUUGGUUAACAGCCACAGAUUUACCUAGAAGCUUUAAAAAUAAGAAAAUGCUGGCUGCCAUUCCACGUUUCUUGUGGCAAUGAGUUUAAUCCAGCAUUCUGCAGCGAUGCACACCUGGAUUCCUAAUAUUUGACCUCAGUAUUACCUUGAUGAUGGUGGGCAACUUCAAGGAAAGGCCCCCAAAUGGAGUGUGCAAAUGAGUGACAACUCCCGGGUAUUGCCCUCUGCCUGUGCAAACCCUCCAUUUGGCCCUCGUUCUGUGCACCGAGAGACCCUCGACUGCCUUCAGUAUACAACCCCUUAAAUUGCACCCUUGCUAGCCUUGACAUAUUAAAAAAAACCACGCCAAUUCUGGAUGAACAAAAUCCUUCUGGGCACAUAAUUCAGCCCACCAGGCAAUGGCAAGAGAGCUAGACAAACCAUGGUUUACCUACCAAUGGUGAAGAACGUAAAGAUGAUGCUUCCAACCAGAUUGUAGAGAAGGGGCAGACCACAGUAAUGAGAUGAUCUAGGUCUGGAAAAAAUGGGUUGAGGAACCACUGUGGAUCUUGAACCAAAUGGUUUGGGUCAAUAUGUGCUUCUUCAUAUAUAGCCUGGGAUGUAUACACACCCGAAAGUUUGCACCAGGGUAAUUCCAGUGCUUUGCCAAGAAAAGCUUAAUUCCUCCACCUGUAUAAUUUAUGCACAUUUCCAUAUAUUUGUCCAUUAUUUGCAUUAAUUCAUGCUAGUUCAGGGCAACAAAGCUCUUCCCUUGGCGAGUUCUGGUCUCCCUUUUGGCUUCAUCCUUGCACUUUUACACCUGCCUCGGCCACCUUAAGAGCUAGAAACUUGAUUCUUGUAUCUUCUUUAAUCAGAAGCUGUGGGUUCUCUAGAUGCUAAAUUCUGUGCCAGCUAUCGAUAUCUGUACUCACAGUUGCAGGAUACAAAUAGCCCUGCUUUUUUGUACAGCACAAAGCCAGGAGUGCAGGUUAGGAGCACAGGAAGCGGCCUCGUAUCUGGUCAUCUGGACCAGUGUUGCCUGCUCUGACUGACAGCCACUCUGCAGGGGCUGAAGCAGAGACAGGCCUUCCCCACCAUGUUGUAACUGGCAAUGCUGAGAGUGGGGUGAGGUUGAACCUUGGACCUUCUGCAACUGCAACUCAGGCUAGAGGCCAAAUACAUCUCCUCAGGCCUGUUUCUCAAUCCUUCAGGACUAACUCCUCGGGUAGUUAUGCCACUGGGAAAGCAUUUUGUCCCCCAGAUGUGGCUGAACUACAGCUCCCAUCAUCCUUGUCCAUUGGCUGUGCUUGCUGGAGCUGGUGGGAGUUGCAGUCCACAUCUGGAAGUUGCAGUCCAUCUGGAAGGCCACAGGUUUCUGCACUUGAGCUAGACCAGUGUCGUUUCCUGCAACCGAUGUCUCAAGAUGUUAGGCAGGGAUUCUCCAAUUCUUCAAGGACUUUUGCACAGCGCUUGUUGAGAGAUCUAAACAGAAGGCAAUCCACAUCCUUUCUGCCAAAUGUGGCCCUCCAUCUCUCUCUGAGCCUCAGGCAUCCGCUCUCCACACAACACACCCUCUCUCCAGCCUACAUACCUCACUGGCCUUCCUUGAGUGUUUUUGCCUGGUUGGAAUGUGUCCUUCCGCUCUGUUCAUGCCUCUUGCUUGCCUGCAUGGCGUGUGUGUGUGUGUGUGCAGAAACUAGCCUGUGGUGCAAAGGUAAAAUUUGCACCUGUUGCUCUGCCCACCACCAGCAUGUGGCCCCGGGAAGAUUUUCCAGAAGGAGAUGCUGCCCUCGAGCUGAAAAUGUUUCUCUACCGCUGUUUUACAUAAAAAAUGAGGAGCCUGAGUCACCCUCCAGAAGUUGUUGGACUCCAACUCUCAUCAUCCCCAGCCAGCAUGACCUAUGGUUUGGGAUGAUGGGAGUUGUAGUCCAGCAACACCUGGAAAGGUGGGCUCCUUCUGCUUUUGAUGCACCUUCCUAUCAUAAUGGCACCUUACACAGGGCCUGGUGACCACAGCCCUGAAGCUGUUAACGUAACCCCAAAACAGUCCCACAGAAACUUCCCGUUGAAUUUUCAGCCCUUCAGGUUUGGAGUUUGAACCCUCAGCCCAUCAAGGGGCGAAAGACCCGAUAGCCUCCUUGCCAACAGAGAUUUAAACCAAUAAAGACACCCAAAACCAAUUCCAAAAUCUUCAUGGGCCAGGCUGCGAGCUCUCUCUUCUCAUCGUCACCACCUCGGGAUAUUCCAGCCAGCUCCCCCCACGUUCUGGAAGGUACGCAAAGGUGUCGAGAGUCGUCGCAAGCAAGACAGGUGGAUUUUUAAAAAAAAAAAUCAAUAGCAAUGUCCCUUGCUUUGUACCUUAGCAAGAUGUAGAGCUGGAAAAUGAAAGCAGCAAUUCCAAGGGCAAAUAUAGCAAACUGCCUAAGGGGUGAAAGAGAAAAAACAAUGGCGUUUGUUUAUUUUUAUGUUACGGCAUCUGUAUCCCACCUUUCCUUCAAAGAGCUUUAGGCGUGGCGUGCUUGGUUUACAUCCUCCCCAUUUUUAUUCCCACAACAGCCCUGUGGGGUAGGUUAGGUAAAGACACACACCCAGAGUCACAACCAGUGACCUUCGUGGCUGAACACGGAUUUGAACCCUGGCCUUGCCCAGCUCCUAGCCCAACACUCACAACACGCUGUUACCUGUGAAGGCUGAUCCAAUAGGGUGAAUGGGGUGCUGUCCCACCAACCUCAGCUUCUCCUCAGGAGGAUGGGGAGGAAACUAGAAUUCUCUGGCUCUGCUUGUCAUUGGCUCUGGCCCCACUUAUUGUUCAACUCCCUGCCUUCCACCCCACUGGUCCCAGUGCACACUAGUCACCUGCCAACCCUUGGGGGAAAUCACCCGCAGUUCUGGCGGUCACUUGCAAGCAGCGUGUUAAGUGGCAGGUUCUUUUUCUUGCAACCCAACCACCGAAGUCAUCAAGGAGUAGCUUGGCGCUGCAGUUGGGUAACACUGGACCAGCCUCCUCUCCCCAACCUGGUGCUUAUCCAGAUGCACGUUGCAUUGCAGGGGGUUGGACUAGAUGACCGUUGGGGAUCCCUUCCAACUCCAUGAUUCUACGAUACACCUCCCAACAGCCCCAGCCAGCAGAGCCCAAGACGCUGGUACGCCCGAGAAAAGGGUUCUUACAGUCUGAGUUGGUGACGCUUUGGGAGCCGUCGGCUGAAGUGGUAGGCUGUGUGAGCUAGGCAGAAAUGGAUCAUAGCGGAUCACCCGAGAAUCUGCGGAGGAAGAGCAGAGUCCCCCCUUAGGAUCAGUGGGUUGAUUCUUCUGGAAAUUUAACGCAAGACUAGAAGCCUACCCAAAUACCAGUUCUUUGCCCAACUUGGGGCCUUACAGAUUUUGGGAGUCAAUCUCCAGGUGCCUCAUACUACAGCUCCUGCCGGUGUGGUUGGCUGGAGCUGAUGGGAGUUGUAGUCCAAAACAUUCAGAGGGCACCAGGUUUAAAAGAGGAUCGAAACAUAUUCAUGGAGGAGAGGGCAUAAGUGGCUACUAGCCGGGAUGGUUAUGCUCUACAACUGGAUAUUACUACCCACAAUGGCUAUGUUCUCCCUCCAUGUAGGAAGCAGGAUGCUGGUUCCUGUGCUGUUGUGCUGGGGUCAUGCUUUGGGUCUCCCCAGAGGCAUCUAGCUGGCCACUGCCUCCUCAGGGAGCACAUAAUAGCAUAUAAAAGGUAAAGGUAAAGGGACCCCUGACCAUUAGGUCCAGUCGUGACCGACUCUGGGGCUGCUGCGCUCAUCUCACUUUAUUGGCCGAGGGAGCCGGCAUACAGCUUCUGGGUCAUGUGGCCAGCAGGACUAAGCCGCUUCUGGCGAACCAGAGCAGCACACAGAAACACCGUUUAUGUUCCUGCCUAUUUAUCUGCUUGCACUUUUGACGUGCUUUCGAACUGCUAGGUUGGCAGGAGCAGGGACCGUGCAACGGGAGCUCGCCCCGUCAUGGGGAUUCAAACCGCCAACCUUCUGAUCAGCAAGUCCUAGGCUCUGUGGUUUAGCCCACAGCGCCACCCGCAUCCCUUAAUAGCAUAUAAGUAACAAUUAAAACAAGGCUUCUGAGAAAUGAGUUCUUGAGCGUGUACAGAGCGCCUCUACCUCACAAUGCAUAUUAUGUGUGUGGUUAUGGUUAGAGACAUCUGAGGGAAGGAAUAGUAUGUAUAUUUAAUAUUAGAGUAGAGGUGGGGUGAUAAUUGCAUACAUUGGAUAUUUAGAAAUCCACAACAUCCAAGAGAGGCAGUGUUCCUGAGUAUGUGAGGAGUUCAUAUGAGCAGGUCUGAGUCUUCCUCCUCAUCUACAGAAAUCUACAAGGAGGAGGGAGAGAAGGGGGGAAACUGACAGCUUCCACCCGGGGGAGACCCCCGGCACAGUUCCGUUAGGGAACUCGGCCCCUUCACCAUUUCCUUCCCGUUUUAACCUUACCAGCAGCACCAGAUGCCUCGAUGAGGUUCGGCACCGCCUGGCCAAGUCGCCGCUUGCAGCCUCUCUGCAGCCGCAGUGGUCGGGCUUUCUCGCCGCCGCCGUCUUCCUCCGGCCCCUGGAUCGCCCUCUGCGCGGCCCGCGUAAGCCCCCCGCGGAUCGCCGUCCCGCGCGGCCGCUGCUCGUUCCCCUAAAGGCAGGCGACCCGGUGCAGGCGGCGGCAGGCAGCACCGCCUGCUGCCCGGGAGCUUUCAGCUGAUCGCUCGAUCAGGUUACAGGAUCGCUUUCAUUCAUUCCCCCACGUUUCUAGCCCGGGGCGGAGCUCCGAAGACUACAACUCCCAUCAUCCCUGCCUAUUGCCCUUGCUGGAUGGGGCUGGUGGGAGUUGAGAGUCCAGCAAACACUCGGGAGGGACCGGCAGGAUCCCCAUCUCUGAACGAGACCACCCACUGCCUUUCCUCCACCACAAAACUCUCUUGGCAUCUUCUAAUGCAAGGACUCCAGCUUCUACCACGCUGGGGCCUAAUGGGAAAAGUUCCAGUGCAGGGGUUCCAAAAUUUUUCUCACUUGACAAUUGCUGAGGGUUUUGGUGGAACGCUUAAAUUAUUAUUUCCCCCCUCUCACUGUAGGAACUGAAGUGCGCUGCUUUGACGUUGGUGGGUUUGCUUGUUUUGCAGUGAAGCAGCAUGUGAAUUUUAUGAAAUAAAAAAAAUUCAGUCAACAAAUAGUGGAACUUUAGGUUUGCGGAUUAAAGGGCAGUUUUGAAAGUGGGAGUCCAGGGCUUGAGGCCUGUGGGAUAGGGCCCAAUCCAAAACAGUGUGUUUUCUUUAAGGCCCUGCUGGAAUUCUCAGUGAUUUAUUUACUGCCUGGGUAGCGAUGGAGAAAGUUGGGCUCUGCAACUGGUUUUGAAUAAAACAAGUGUAUUUUCUCAUAUGUGCUGCGUAUGGCUGAAAUUGUUCAUAUUUUGCUUAAUUCUGAUUUUGCUAGAGAAGGGGCAAAAAGCUACAAGGCAACAUUGGAAAGCUGCCAGCUACAAAUUGGUAAGAGUCUGCGUAAUGUCUGCACAUUUAACUGUGGCAGCGCAUUGCAGUAGAGCUAUAGUUCCCUGUGCAAGGUUCGAUCCGUGCUAGAUUUUUGCAAGUGGUGACAUGUGAAGAGCAGAAAAGUAAGAGGGGUUGAAAGUGAGAAGUAAAGGAAACAAUGUUAGAAGGGAUGAAAGAAGAGAGAUGAAUUUUUCUCCUACAUUGAAGUUGCAACAAUUUCACAUCACUCAUCUGUGUCACAACCUCAGAUGCAUCUCUUGGUUGCAACAUCCUGUUUAUUCUCCAGUUGACAACUGUCUGGUUAUUUCAUGAGGAAAGGUUUUUUUAUUGUAUUAUUAUUAUUAUUAUUAUUAUUAAUUUAGUGCUUAUACAGUCAUACCUCGGGUUAAAUACGCUUCGAGUUGAGCAUGUUCGAGUUGCGCUGCACGGCAACCCGGAAGUAACGGAGCGCAUUACUUCCAGGUUUCACCGCUUGCGCAUGCACAUGCACUCAAAAUGACGGCAUGCGCAGAGGCGGCGAAAAGCGACGCACGCGUGCGCGUGCAGACAUGUCGUCGCUAGAUACGUUUAUCUCUAGAUGAGAACAGGGCUCCGGAAUGGAUCCCGUUCGUAUCUAGAGAUACCACUGUACGUUGUAAACUGCCCUGUGAUCUUCGGAUAAAAGGUGGCAUGUAAAUAAAAUAAAUAAAUAAAUAGCCUGGGAUCUCCUUCACACAAAAGCAGAUUUCCCAACUGAUGAGCUACAGUGGUACCUUGGUUCUCAAACGCCUUGGUACUCAAAACAACUUGGAACCCAAACACUGCAGACCCAGAAGUAAGUGUUCCAGUUUGCAAACUUUUUCUGGAAGCCGAACAUGCUCUGUUUUGAGUGUUACAUUGAUUUGAGUGCCACGCUUCCGUUUUGAGUGUUACUGACUCUGACUGAAAUCUUACAGAGAACACAGAGAGAAAAUGGCUGCUACUUAUAAGGAGAAUGAGUCACAUGUCAGAGUGACUCAACAGUUAGCAGUUAGGCCUGAAUAACUUUAGUAGGCCCAAAUGAUUGUGCAGUCCCAGCACUUCCCAGCCUGCUUUGCUGCCUCUGCUCUCAUGUGUCUUUGUCACAUGACACAAUGGUCUCGUUAGAUAGUAAAAUUCAUGUUAAAUUGCUGUUUUAGGGGUUGUUUUUAAACAGGCAUGGGCAAACUCCGGCCCUCCAGAUGUUUGGGACUGCAAUUCCUAUCACCCCUAGCUAACAGGACCAGUGGUCAGGGAUAAUGGGAGUUGUAGUCCCAAACAUCUGGAGGGCUGGAGUUUGCCUAUGCCUGUUUUUAAAAGUCUGGAAUGGAUUAAUCCAUUUUGCAUUACUUUCUAUGGGAAAGUGCACCUUGGUUUUGGAACGCUUUGGUUUUGGAACGGACUUCCGGAAUGGAUUAAGUUUGAAUACCAAGGUACCACUGUACAGUCUUUUGCUCAACCCACCAUAGCACAGGAAGCUACCUGGUACUGAGACAGAUUGUUGGUGCUGCCUUUUGUGCGUCUGCAUGACGGUAACUUCUGCUUAGCCUCUUGUAUUUCAGAUAUAUACAUAUAUAAUUGCUUCCUUUGAAACUGAACCUGAACUCCUCCCUCUCCUCGCUUGCAGCGUGUGGUGGCGUUGACUCAGGCUUCCCACUGCAUCUGUGGCUCCAGCCAAGUCAGAUGGAGAAUUCGGACGACAGGACUGAGGUGGUGCUCCUGGCCUGCGGGUCCUUUAACCCCAUCACCAACAUGCACCUCCGACUCUUCGAACUGGCAAGAGACCACCUGCACGAAACAGGUAACCCCUGCUGCUCCUUUGAGGACCAGCUCGGAAUCCUACUUUAUCAGUCAAAUAAUAAUAAUAAUUUUUAUUUAUACCCCGCCCUCCCCAGCCAAGGCCGGACUCAGAAAUAUAUACAGAAAUAACUGAAAUAGUUUGCUGGUUUGUGUCAUCGUUUAUUUUUUAUUUUUUAUUGGUUAGGAGGGAGGAGGGAGAGGGCAAAGAAAGCUGGUGGCGAAUAAUCUAUAAAAUAUUGUUCAGCUGAGCUACCCCUUGGGAAGCUGUUAAGUCUCCACCUUUCGUUCACCAGUAUACUGCCUUCUUGAAACACUUGUCACGAUGUUAUUUCAAUACAGUCAUACCUCGGGUUACAGCCGCUUCAGGUUGCAUUUUUUCGGGUUGCGGACCACCGAAACCCGGAAGUACCAGAACAGGUUACUCCCAGGUUUCGGUGGUCGCGCAUGCGCAGAAGCACCAAAUCGCAGCAUGCGCAGACGCGGGUUGCGGACGUGCAUCCCGCACGGAUCAUGUUCGCAACCCGAGCGUCCACUGUACUGGUAUUCAACGAUAUGGCAAUUUAUUGCACAGCCCUAGUCCAUCGUCCCAACCCCCAACCCCCUGGCUCUUGCCUUUUGUUGCAUUCAGGGAGAUACAAAGUGGUGAAAGGGAUCAUUUCACCUGUGGGCGAUGCAUACAAGAAGAAAGGCCUCAUCAGCGCAAGACACCGAGUGACUAUGGCGAGGCUCGCGACGGAGAGCUCUGACUGGGUGGAAGUGGAUGACUGGGAGAGCAACCAAAAGGAGUGGCAAGAGACCAUCAAAGUCCUCAGGUAUUGCCAGGGCUGGGUGUGUGCCAGUGUAGCUCAGCGGUAGGGCACCCGCUUUGCAUUCAGAGGGUCCCAGGUUCAAUCCCAGGCAUCUCCAGGUAGAGCUGGGAAUGUCUCCUGCUUGAAUCCCUGCAGAGCCGCUGCCAGUCAGUGUAGACAGCACUGAGCUAGAUGGAGCAAAGAUCUGAUUCAGUAUACAGCCAACCUUCCAACAAGCUUUUUAAGUGGGGAUGUGUCACAGCCUGCAUCUGUAUUUGAAUUACUUUUAGACAAUGUUUUUAGAUGUUUUCAUGGUUUUGAAACUAUGCCAGACCCUGUUUAGCUUUGUGAUGUGCUGUCAGGGUUUUUUUUGCUGCAACACUAGGUUUUUUAUCGUUUGCCACGCUGGUCUCCUUAGGGAGGAAGGGUGGGAUAUAAAUGCUUAAUAAUCCUCUCCUCCCCCUCCCUUUUUACUUUUUUCCUCCCUCUCUAUUUUCUCCUCUCUCCUCCCCCCACUUCUCUGCCCCCACCUUCAAUCCCACAUUGCCUCAGACUGACUGGAAAUAUCUCAGAAAUGUCUCAAACUGACUGUAAUUGACCUGUAUGAAGGUUUCCACAAUAUGAAAACAGAGACACUGGACGUACUCUUGUUGCUUAUGGAAAUAUUUUAAUUAAAACAUUUUUUAAAAAUAGAAAUAAAAACAAAUAUUCAAUAAUGAUGAUGAUACUGUUGUUGUUUUUCUUCUUCUUCUUGUUAAUAAUAAUAAAUAGUACAGCUUCCUAUAUCUGAAGAGUUGGCCGUAGCUCAGUGGUAGAACCCAUACUGUGCAUGCAGAAGGUUUGAGGUUCAUUUUCCUGCAAUCCCAGGUAGCUGGAUCAAUCUCCAGCAGCAACAGAAAUGGAAGCCCUGCCUCCAUUCCUCUCCCCUUACUUUGCUGCUUCCCCUCUCUCUGAUUCUAGAUUGUAAGUCCCCCUGCAACAGUCUAUUCUCCUCUUGUGUGUUCUAAAUCUGGGGUAGAGAGACUACAACUCCCAUCAGCCCCAAGCAGCGAGGUCAUGAUACGUGGGAGCUGAUGGGAGCUGGAGUCUAAAACAUCUGGAGGACAGCCAGACUGGUGAAGGCUGUGCUGUGUGUUCAUGCGGUGCUGUAUUUGCAAUAGAUAAGAAUGGGGAGGUUUUUUCCCAAGGGAUCCAAAAGAGAAAAACAUAUCACCACACCCUCUUUCGCUUUUUAAAGUCAUCCUUUUGUGUCACAGGUAUCACCAGCAGAAGCUGAAAUGUUCAUGUCUCGCUAACAGCUUUGAUGAAGUAGCUCCUUUGAACAAAACGGGGCAGAAGAGAAAACGGGAAUCGGGCAGGCAAGUCCCCGUCAGCCGGAAUCAACCCCUAACAAAAGGUUCAUUUAAUAUCAAAAUUGUAGUGAGCCAGCCAUCUCGUAUCCAGCGUUGCUCGGAAAUUCUAAGGGGGGAAAACUCAGUGUGGUGUUGAAAUCAGUAGUUAAAAUCAGUGCAGUUUUGAAAGGUUCAGUCCGCCAAAGAAUUGUGGGAAGUGAAGUUUGUUGAAGGUUCUGAGAGUUGUUAGAAGACCUUCUCCCAGAGCCACAGUUCCCAAAAGGAUUUAACUAUCAAUCCCUCUUCCCAGGGAACUCUGGGAAUUGUAGUUCUGUGAGGGGAAUAGGGGUCUUACUAACAACUCUCAGCACCCUUAACAAACAAACUACAACUCCCAUGGUUCUUCCCAUGACUCUUUAAAAUGGCAUGACACCGCUUUGAAUGUGUAGCGUUUUCACACCAGGGACACACAGCUCUCUGGCUUUAAGUCCUAGACCGGGGGAAAUGCUGCAGAGCUCCUAACCCAAUAAUAAUUCCUGUCCCUCCCAUUUUGCUAGGUGUCCCCCCUCAGCUGAAGUUGCUCUGUGGGACAGACAUCUUGGAGUCCUUUGCAGUCCCCAACCUCUGGAAAGCAGAAGACAUUGUGGAAAUCGUGGCCAACCACGGCAUGGUGUGCAUUAGCAGGGUGGGAAAUGACGCCCAGAAAUUCAUCUACGAAUCCGAGGUGCUGUGGAAGCACAAGGAGAGCAUCCACGUAGUGCAGGAGUGGAUUGCCAACGACAUCUCUGCCACCAAGAUCCGGAGAGCCUUGCGGAGGGGCCAGAGCAUCCGAUACCUGGUGCCAGACGCAGUUCGAGCUUACAUCAAGCAGCACGACCUGUACACUGCAGAGAGCGAAGAUCAGAAUUCAGGAGUCAUCCUCGCUCCGUUUCAGAGAUACACGAGGGAGGCCAAAAAUAACUGAAGGUGUGGUGGCGGGGCUGGUCCAUAUGGGCAGCUGGGGUGCUAGCCUGCCAGCUUCAGUCUUGAUUCCUCCAGACCCCUCCUUCCUAGAGAGUUCCUGGCUGUCGCAUUCCUCCUCUUUAGUCUCAGUGAUGCCCCUUGUAGAACACAACAGUAAGGAGGAUGAAGGCAACAUUGGAGUGAGUUAGCUCUGCCUGUCAUUGGCUCUGCGUCUACUCACCGCUGGGCUCCCUACCUUAUGCCCCACCAGUCCCAAUGGGCACCAACCCCCAUUGAAUUUGAACAGUCCAUCUUUAGAUGGGAAAGGGAGAAGAGAGAGGGAGGGCUGGGGCAACCUUUGAGAGUUUUAUCAGCUUAGAGUUUUAUUAGUGUGUUUUAUCAGCUUAGCACUGUCACAGUCCCCAAAGCCAUCCCCUUGCAUGCUAGGGACUGGGGCCUUAUGUAGAGUUGCCAGCUGAUGUGUCAAAAUCACACACACACACACACACACACACACACACACACACAGAGCUUCUCAGCCUUUCUCAGCAUCUUCAUUGGUGGAAACCAGAAAGUGAUUUUUUUCAAGGCACAAUUGCCUGAGAGUGCCUGUGAGUUGAGCUGAUAUUGAGGGUACAGGAUCUGGCUGCUGGUCGAGAGGUUGGCAACCAACCCAACUAUGUGAACCUGAAUCCCAAGCAUUGCAGAGUCUUCUACUUAAACACACGAACAACAGGCCUGAUUGUAAUGCACCAGCGCUUCUCUUCUUAAGGACAGGCCUGCAGAACUUUGGGCACUGAGGUCGGACAGAACCCAUCUGUUCUUUGCUGUCCCAGGCAGGCAGCGAGACUGGGAGGUUUUUUGAGCCCACUAUGAGCCAGUAUAUACAACACACGGUGUAUCACCUCCAGCUGGGUGGACCAGGAGUUAUUCAGGUCUGUUCUGCUGUCCCCUUGAGCUGCUAAGCACCAUAGUGCAGCCUUUGGCCUCCCCCAGAGGUAAAGUCUGCAGAACAACUGUGACUAAAGGGUGGAAUGGACACACCCACUUCUGAUUGAAAUCUGGCAUCUUGGCAACAAGAGUUGAAUGCUUGCUUUAUUACUUUGAAUUUCUUUGAUUCUAAGAAUAUGUGAUUGACUACUCUUCCAGUGUGCAAACUCGUCACAUAUCCCUUGUCCACUCUAAAUGCCACCUAGAAUUUGAAGUGCCUUGCAGGUUCAUCAACUCCUACAUUUCACAGAGUGGCAUUCUCCCCCUCUUGUUCGUUUGACCCCUACCCCUCCUUUCCCAACUGUGGUUGCAGACUCCGUUUUGCAGGUAACAAUGAUGACUGUGAACUGAAUGUAUCACACUGAGCCUGGUGGUCAGAAUUACAUUUCCACCAGUUUUAAUCCUAACCAUGGUUAGCUCAAACCAGAGUUUGCACACCCAGUUCCAACCUAGCUGCAGACUCUGAAUUGCAGAUAGCUAUGGUAAGCUAUCAAUGCACAGGUAACUAUGGCUGGCUCCCAAAGGAAACAGAUAAGGGAAUAUGUGACGAACAGAGGAGGAAGAGCAGGAACCAAGAGGAGGUUUUCCGUCUCCUCUCCAGUUUUCCUCUACAUGAAUGCAUAUUGGGAAAUGCUUUUCACAGAAAGACUGCAUGCCUUUGAAUCUUUUAGCUCUGUUGGUUCAGAGCCGCCAACAGAAAAGAAAAGAAAAAUCAACAAAGCUUUUGGUCCUCUUAAACUUCCAUGACUCACACAUCAAUUGAACAGAAUUUUUGUGCGUUUCCCCCCAGCACUGUCAUGUGAUUCAAGAAAUAAACUAUAGGGGCUAUUAAAAGAGAUUUCAAAAGAUGUUGUAGCAUAUACCACCGCCACCCUGAGGUGAUGUUAUUAAAUGAUACUGGGAUUUGCAUGAAGAAAGAACAUAGAAUGUUAGUAAUUUAAUUUAGCUGAAGCAAGAAUGUUCCUUGUAAAAACAAGAGGAGAAGAACAACAGGAAAAGGAAAAACUGUGACAAUGUGUUAGCAACCUGCAAUUAUUGCCGUUCAACAAAGCAAUCACAAGGCGAUAAUGCAUUUAUUGUAUGUUAUAUUUUGUAAGAUUGGGGAGAAUGAUCACAUACUGGAGAAAGAACAACGCACAAGAAAACCUACAAAGGCUAUCAGUGUUGUUAUGUUUCACAUAAUGGGUGUAACAGAUGAGGAUUUGUCUUUAUUCAGUUACUGAAUGUUCUUGUAUAUUGUGUGUGUGUGUGUGUGUGUGUGUGUGUGUGUGUGUGUGUGUACAAAUACCCGUUUCAAUUUUUGGUGACUUUCUUCUUUACAAUUAUUAUUUUUAAAAUGAAUAAUUAACAGGAACAGAACAGGGUCAAGAGUUUUUUGUUUACGGUCAGCUUUCAUUGAAAAAUCGCACUUUGCCCUCCCCACAGCUGCACAACCAACCCUUUAAAAUCAUAAUGCUGUAGUGUGAGAGCGUUUGUGUGCGUGCCCCUUGCACUUUACCUCUGCAAAGCUAGAGAGGCACUGUGCAUGAGCCAGGAGAUCAACAUGUGAUAUUUUGAUAACUUCCUUACUCAACAAGUUUAGAAUAUUACAAUAAAAUCAGUAUGAUGAAAUCAGU